CUUUGCGUUCAUCCACUUCCUCUCCGCAACAUCGACGCUCCUUCAUCCGACAAGACAUCGCUUCCACUUCCGCAGAUAAACAUGUCGGGGCUCCUGAGAACCGUCGCUAGCCGCGCUGCCCCCGUCUUGCGGGGACCCGCCGUCCCCCUGCGGGCUAAUCUCCACGCCGGCCCGGCCAAGGAGAAGAUCGGCACCGUUGAAACCAUCAUUGGAUUGACCGUGUUCUCCGUGACCAUUCUGGGACCAUCUGGAUGGAUCCUGUCCCACUUGGAGGACUACAAGAACAAACAGUAAAAUGGACAUUUUAAAAGUCUAACUGCGUCCAAGACUCCCGUCUUCAAUGACAACCUGGGACCAUCACCUUGUUCCUCUGCAGAGAAGAAUAUGGACAAGUUGUACCUUCAGUCUUCUACCUCUGAUAGUUCCACUCCACAUCCCAGAUUGAAAUUAGCUGUUUACCAACUCAGACUCAUUAAAAAGUGUACAGUGGAUCUUUCUUCUUAAACAAUAUGUUACAACAUUAAAUUUGAAAAACAGCCA